UCCUGCUUCGGGGGUUGACCCCUCGAGGGUCCCCAGGCUGGGGUGGGGGUGCUGUGGCCUUUGGGGGCUGUGCUCUGUGCAUCACCGGCCCCUCCUGCCCCCCAGGCGCUCGCCUCAGGCCCCUCCAAGCCGCACGGCAUCAGUGGCCCGACCUGACCCCGACAAUGACAGUGUGCCCAGCUACGAGAAUGAGGAGCACCCUCCACACGUGGCUGCCAACAUGGAGGACGACGACAACGACUACAACAAUGACACUCCCGGCUAUGUCGUGGUGCUCCCAGAUGGCGCUGCAGGGCCCUCCCUGGCUGAGCCCCCAGCCCCGGCCUCGGCCCCGGCCCCCCAGGACAACAGCUGCUCUGUGACCCCCCAAUCUUUCGACCCCCCCCCCCGCACCCCACAGACGCGGGAGUCUCUGGCAGCUGACAGCCUGGAGUACGUGAAUAUGCCUGAGCCGGGGGCCCCCGAACCCCAAUACGGCUCCAGCGACCGUGAGAGCGAGGAGGAUGGGCCCGACUACGAGAACCUGCAGCGCUGAGACCAGGAGGCUACAAGGGCCCCUGCCCCCAGGACCCCGUCACCCCGGCGUUAAUUUAUUGCCCCCCUGCCCCACCUCAUGACGCCACUUUGCUGACGUAGAAGCCUGAGAAUUUCCCAGAGUCCUUUGCUCCACUCAAAAACCUUUGCGGUGGGGGGGAGAAGGUGGGACCCCGGCGUCCAAGGUGCUUCCCACGGCUCUACUCCCCACCCCCACUUCAAGCCACUGUGGCUACGGCUCCAGUUCCCACAGAAUAAAUGCCCCGUGUGUCCGCGCUGCUUCCCCGGGUCUCUCUGCUCUGGGCUACAGGGCAGGGGAUUUUGGGGAACUGAUCGCCACAGGGGUGAACAUUUAUCCACUGGGGGGCUGGAUGGACUCCCGGACACCCGGGGUCUCUGGGUGUCUCGCAGACACCUGGGUUUGUGGUGAGGAUCUCCCAGAC